AUGAUGAAUUGUUCAGAGAGAACGUGGUUGAACGAAGACGGCUUGGAAAUAAGCUGCAUUGAGUGGACUCCAGAUGUGGUCGAAUUUGAUGGCGUUGUUUUAACUCAUUAUGUUCAGCAAGUCUCUGCUACUCCCUCAUGUCCGAAAAUCCUAAUUCAUUCUGCCGCGCUCCGAAAAAACUUAUCAGCACCGAAAAAAGCUCCCGAAACCCAGCUCGACGCCAGCCGCUGCGCACGUGAUCUAGGUCUGUUGGUCAAGCAAGCGAGGGAGAAAUACCGUGGUUUGCCGGUUUUCUUGGAAGGUGUCAGUGAGUCAGCGUUGAUUUCUACUUCCGCUCUUGUCGAGAAAAUCGGAAAAGUGGACUUUUUGGUUUUGGAUCGACCGAUUUUUCCAAGUGAAUCAGACAGCUGGAUGGAAACAGGCUUAUCGUCAAUUUUGCCGGUGUGGAACUAUUUAUUCUCGCAAGAAACCGACUUUUGA